AUGGCGCCAGAAGCAAUCGGCGCCAACGUGCCAGGCCCAACAACCGGCGCCGCAGAAAAGCUUGCCCCGACCAUUUCAGCUUCUACCGAAAACUACCCCUGGAGUAACCGAGAUGGCGUCUGGCGCCGUCGACUGGGCUCCAUGGAGUCAUUCUACCAAAGCCUGGCAUCUCCCGAAGGCGCCCCGGUACACUGGAUGAUUGGCUGCAGCGUGACGAUCCAGACUCGCAACGGCCAUGUCAACAUCCAGGACUCUGUCCGCCAAGCCUGGGAGGUUGUAGCGCAGGACUUCCCGUGCAUCGGUGCCGUCGUGGAUGCUGCCUCGCGAGAGAUUGCUGUCCGCGAAGAGAUCGACACGGCUGAAUGGCUGCAGAGGAGCUUCAAGGUCCACCAAGGGACGACGGCAGAUGAGCUCUUCUCUGCCUUGAAGAGCCAGUUUCACGUCACACUUCACUAUGUGCGAGGGACGAACCAGCUUCUGCUCCAAUCCCCGCACACUCUCAUCGACGGGCGCGGGAUGCUGUACCUGUACCAUGCCCUGUUAACGGCCAUGAAAAGUCUGCCCGCGAACGGCCCCCGGAAGCGGGAUACGUCCGAACCGCUAAAUCUCUCCAAGCCGUACGACGACUGGUUGGGGAUCCCGGCGACUCCAUCAGAGAGACACUUUGCCGAUGCCCAGUCUGUCUUCCAGCGGAUCUUGCAGCAGGAAAAGCCGAUUCGGCUGCCUGGUGUUGACUUUGGGAUGACACCCCAGAGACCGGUCCACAGGGAUCUUGAGGUGGACGAGGCGACGAGUUCUUUGAUCAUCAGUGCAUGCAAGAGACGGGGGGUCAGUGUCACAUCGGCUUGGCAUGCUGCCCUCGCUUUGACGACGCAGAAGCUUCAGACAGAAGCCGGCGAAGACGGCUCAUCCUACGUCCAGUUCACCACCAUCGAUCUGCGCCGUCAUUUUCCGUCCUCCUUCAUCCCGCACAAGCACUCGGUCGGAUCUCUUCAGACUGCCUUGUGCCUGGCUUCUGACCUGGACAAGGAUAGCACUUUUGAUGCUCUCAGCCAGUCCCUGCACAAGCAGUACCAGGCCCCUUUCUCCUUUGCCGAUAAUGACUUCGGCUACCUCGCUCCCUACAUGGCCAUUUCUCGGCAGAUUCUCGAAAGUGGCGGCGUGCCGCCCAGCAGCACGCCAUCGCUAUCCAGCAUGGGGGUCGUUGAUGAUUAUCUCCAGUGCCGAUACGGUGAUUGGGAGAUCGCUGACUUUUGGGUGAGUUCCACGAUGAUGACUGGGGAUUUCCAGAUGUAUCUGUGGACCUUCCGGGGGAAACUCACUUUCAGUGUAUGCUAUAACGAGGCGUUUUAUGGUGCGGAUGAGGUCGACCAUGUCAUGGAGAGCACCAGGGACGAACUGCUCCGGGCGUUGACUCACAAGUAG